UAUUAUUAGUGAAUCUUUCUUUUUCAAUACUACAUAUAUAUGGAUCUGACACAAUGCUUUUCUACAAUUGAUUUGUUACUUUUGAAAUUAAUAUAUGUGAUACUUUGUUGCUUUCUUUCUCAUUUUCUGACAAGUUUAUGUUCCCAGGUGUUUUGGCUUUCUAUUGAUUAUCUUGCAGUUGCAAAGUCUGCAGUUUUACCUCAACAUAUUGAGAUACUUGUCUCAGCAGUCACUCAUAUCAAUGAACCUGACAGCUUAUAUGGGAUCAUUCUGUCCAACAAGUUAUUUUGCAGUAUGAGGCUGCUUGGCAUGCUAGAAACUGGAAUUUUUCCUUGCUUUACAUGGGAGAUAAUUCACAGAGUGAGCAAAACCAAAAGUGGCCAUUUCAAUGAAAAUCUGCACAGAUAUUUCGACUGGUUUCCCUGUGGUUCACUCUAUCAGAUAGACAAGAUAUCAUAACUAACAUUGCUGAUAAAGUCAUAAUUAGCUAAGAAAAUGGACUCACAACAAAGACAAGUGCACAAAGGAUGAUGAAUUGAAGGAUGGAGCAAGUUUCAUGCACGGUUUACUUUUGUGUAUCUUGUAAUGUUUCUGUUUUUCAUUUUUGAAGUAAAAAUUGUUCAAGAUUAUAAAAUUUUAUUAUGUUAUGCUUUCAAACUUAAGUUAGAACUAAGAUCUCAUGAAGUAGACACAUUCAUGG